CGGAGCCACCCUCCGGCCCCACCACGUGCUCGGUGGUGCCGCCGCCGCCGUCACCGGCGCCGGGUGCGGGUGGGAGGAGCCGGGCGCCGCCAUGCGCGGGGGCCCCCGCCACGGGCCCCCCCUGGGCCACCCGGCGCUGGAGCGCCGCAGCGGCAACACCAUCACCGUGCGCCCGCGCCGCGGGGGCCCCGGGGCCGCCGCCGCGCCUGAGCCCCCCCAACCGGCACCGGGGCCGCUGCCCCCCCCCAAGAAGCGUUACCCCACGGCCGAGGAGAUCCAGGUCAUCGGCGGGUACCUGGCGCUGCCGCGCUCCUGCCUGGCCAAGAGCCACCCCCACCGCAAGAAGCUGAAGAUCUGGUUCAGUGAGCGGGAGCUGGAGCGAACCUUCUGUUACCCAUCGGAGGGGGCGCUGCUGGCGGCCUGGGGCCCCCCCCGAGGAGCCGCCCCCCCCCCCGGACCCCCCCCGAUGACGAUGAGAGGAGAUGAGCCCCUCCAUGUGCGGGGGGGGCCGGGGGGCUGCGGGCACGAGCCCUGCUCGUGGAUGAAUCCUGCCCCGGGUAACCCCGGCCUCUGCCCCACGGCUGUGGGGGGGGGGAUGAUGGAGCCACGUUGGGACCCCCCCCAUGCCACCACCACGGACCUGCGGGACCCCCCGGCGGGGCAGGACCCCCCAUAGACCCCCAUAGACCGGGGGGGGCACAUAAAGACAACAUGGGGGGGGUCCCAGCUCUCAUUUUGUAGCUUUAUAGCGG